AUGGCGCAUGCGCGGGGAGGGCCGCGCGCGGCAGCCCUGCCCUCGCCCGGAGGCCACGGCACGCCCGCCCUGACCCCGCCCAUAGGCCCCGCCCUCUCCGGCCGGACGCCCACGUGCGGGGAACGAGCCCUGCAGGUCUAUCGGCGCUGCCCACCGAAGGCAGGAGGCUGGGUCCUGGGAGGAGGCGGGCCGCCGGCCCGGGCUUACGCGUCCGGUCCUUCGUCCACCCCUCGGUGCGUGUUGCGCUGGGUCCUGGGAGGGGGCGGGCCGCCGGCCCGGGCUUACGCGUCCGGUCCUUCGUCCACCCCUCGGUGCGUGUUGCAGAGGCCCGGUACCUCCAACGCAGGGCCUGCCCUCUCGACCUCGCUCCUGGGGCGGACGGCGCGGGAGGGGAUCCUUGGAAAGCCUGUGGUUGGCACGCCCCCACCUCCUGCUUCUGCGUUGUGUGGGGCCGCCGAGCGCGCUGCUGGGGCAACAGUCACAGUGGAGUCAGCCCAGGCUCCAAGUUCCCCCUCUUCAGCCCCAAGGCCCAGGGCGUCCCCCAAAGGCUGUGGCGCCCCACGGCGCUGGCGGUUCCAAACGCAAGGCAGCGUCCCAGGGCAGCUCGGAGCCAAAGGGGAAAAGACCUCCUCCCCAGACCGGGCUACUCGGGCGGGACCCGGCUCCAAGGCCAGGACCAGCCCCUUCUGCUGCGAGUUGGAGAGAUGGCGUCACUCUGGGGCUGCGGCGGCCACUGCCCCAGGCGCCAAUGACUUGGGUGAACGCGCCCAGUUAGGGGACCGGGCGCCCUUGCUUUGGGCCACCCGGAUCUCGCGGGCCACAAGCUGGGAGAUGCGCUUGUUCCGCGUCCGCCUCCUGAGGGAGACAUGGCGAAGCUCGGGGUGGAGGUUCUGUCGCCUCCCCGCGCAUUUAGCGAAAGAAUCCGAGCCGCUCUCGGGGACUGCCGGGCCCGAGGCCAACUCUGGGGGCGGUGUCGGGCGGGGUCUCGAAGCCGUGGCUUGGCGCUGGCCUCGGGAGAAAUGUCCCCUUUUCGACCCCGCCGCCCCUUCCCUCCUCCUCUCCAGGCGCCCAAGGUGCAGAGUCCCAGAGCGGCCCCCGCCCCCGCUGGACCACCCAGGGCCGCCCCGCCAGAGGGCCUCUGCGCCCCCACCUCCCAACCACCCAGGUCACGCCCGGAAGGCCCUGGGCCCCCGCGUCCGGCCACGCCAUCCGCCGGGCGGCCCCAGGGACUCAGCAGCUGGGACUCGGGACGAGCUGGCUGCUGUCGCGCGUCGCGCCGGCCCUGUGGGCGUGGAGCCCGGGUUUCCGCGCGCCGCGGCCAAGCCGACCUUCCCUGGGGCCACGGACCGGCAACAGUGGGCCCGGCACCUCCGGGCUGCGGGCGAGAUGUCGGGGCUCAAGACUGGCUGCGCGUGUGAUGGAGAGUCCGCGGAGUGGGGUGGCAGGCGGCGCCCUCGGCCAGAGCUCGGGUCCUCGGACGCGGGGCCCCGGGCCCCACGCGGGCGGGGGCGACCAAGCACCGCCCUGGGGGACGAGGCGCACGCCGACCAAUGCGGAGCCGCGCGGGGGGCGGGGUCUUUCCGCCGCCGCUUAAAGAAACUUGUCGCGGGUCCCGGAGUCGGGAAGGAGCUUCGGCGGCUGCGGCAGUGGGAGGACCGGAGCGAGGGCGGCGGUGGCGGCGGGCUCGUAGUUCGGACCAUCGCGCGGCGGGCUCUGGUCCCGCGGCGGCCGCAGCGCAGCCCCGGUGGCCUGGGCUGCGCGGCGGGCGCGGGGGGUGGUGGCCGGGGCGACGCGGCCGAGGCGGCGGACGAGCGCUUCCCGGCCUGCAUCCGCGACGCCGUGUCGCAGGUGCUGAAGGGCUACGACUGGAGCCUGGUGCCCAUGCCGGUGCGCGGCGGCGGCGGCGGCGCGCUCAAGGCCAAGCCACACGUGAAACGGCCCAUGAACGCCUUCAUGGUGUGGGCGCAGGCGGCGCGCCGCAAGCUGGCCGACCAGUACCCCCACCUGCAUAACGCCGAGCUCAGCAAGACGCUGGGCAAGCUGUGGCGGUUGCUGAGUGAGAGCGAGAAACGCCCCUUCGUGGAGGAGGCGGAGAGGCUCCGUGUCCAGCACAAGAAGGACCACCCGGACUACAAGUAUCAGCCGCGCCGAAGGAAGAGUGUGAAGACGGGCCAGAGCGACUCUGACUCAGGCGCCGAGCUGGGCCACCACCCCAGCAGUGCCAUGUACAAAGCCGACGUGGGCCUCAGUGACACACACCAUCACGGCGAUCACACAGGGCAGACCCACGGGCCGCCCACCCCGCCCACCACCCCCAAGACGGACCUGCACCACGCCGGCGGGGGCAAGCCGGAGCUGAAGCUGGAAGGGCGCCGCCUGGUGGACAGCGGCCGCCAGAACAUCGACUUCAGCAACGUGGACAUCUCGGAGCUCAGCAGCGAGGUCAUCAGUAACAUGGACACCUUCGACGUCCACGAGUUCGACCAGUACCUGCCCCUCAACGGCCACUCGGCCAUGCCCGCAGAGCCUGGCCAGGCUGCCACCGUCUCCUAUGGGGGCACCUCCUACUCGCACUCCGGGGCGUCCCCCGUGUGGGCCCACAAGGCUGCUCCUUCAGCCUCAGCUUCGCCCACCGAGGCGGGUCCCCCGCGGCCACACAUCAAGACGGAGCAGCUGAGUCCCAGCCACUAUGGCGACCAGCCACACGGCUCGCCUGGGCGCUCCGAUUAUGGCUCCUAUAGCGCUCAGGCCAGCGUCACCCCAGCCGGCCCUGCUGGGGCUGCCAGCUCCUUUGCCAGCUCUCAGUGCGACUAUACCGACCUGCAGGCCUCCAACUACUACAGCCCGUAUCCCGGCUACCCGUCCAGCCUGUACCAGUACCCCUACUUCCACUCGUCCCGCCGGCCCUACGCCUCACCCCUGAUCAACAGCCUGUCCCUGCCACCUGCCCACAGCCCCCCCAGUAACUGGGACCAGCCUGUGUACACCACCCUGACCCGGCCCUGAGGGCGCCGUGCCCACAGGGAAGGGACUCACAUGGCAGAGGACAACCUUUUCUCAACAAUGACAGACCAGGCGUCGGGUCUCCUGGAAGGUGUGUGCUGGCGAGGGGUGCCCACCCGGCCGCGCGCGCUCUGUCAAGUGCCUGCUGAAGUCUGUGUGAAUCCAGGCUUUGUCACCACAUCCCUCUGCCUCCAGGCCUGCAGACUUUUGCCAGCAGACAGAACUCCCUUUUCCUCCUCUCUCUCUUUGAGGCGAUUAGUGAUUUUGAAAUGAAGGAUGACUGGUCCCUCUUCUGUGAGGACCUUGAUUCUGCAUCUCAGCAGAUGAGAAAUGACAGCCACAGCACAAAGGACAGACGGGGGGUAUAGGCGUGAGGUCUCCAGGCCCGUGCAUUCUGCGGUCCUGGCCAGCAUUGCUUUUAGAACCCCCAGUGCCGAUGGAGGAUGAGCCCGCGACGACCGCGUGUCUGCAGACGGGCAUGCUUCCACGCCCACCCGCGCAUCUGUUAGAUCCGAGGUGUUCCUUGUAGUGAGAUUCUUCCGAGAAAGGUUUGGCUGUGAUUAACACUUCUCUUUUAUUUUUUUGGUAAUUUUUAUUUUUGAAGCUUAAACGUGUUUGUUUUGAAAGCUGUUAAAGAUGUAUUUAUGUUCUGUAUUAUUUUAUCAUUAACUAAUGAAGUAAUUUGUGCAGAGAGUAGAAUUUAAGAGAAAGUGAAAGCUGGGGAAUGAAAAGCUGCUGGAGGGGGUAGGAGGGGAGGUGGCCCGGCAUGGCGCCACUCAGCUUUUGGGUAGUGGCCUCAGAGGGCCCCCGAGUUCCGCAGUUCCCCGGAGGCCUUGGCCACUCACACCUCACGCCGUGCAUCCAGAAACGGGAGGGAGGAGAGGGUUUUGCCUUGUGCUGUCUCUGAUCAGGUUGGGGUGCCCUAGGCACCUGGUAUGAGGUUGGGGUCCGGAAGGCAGGAAUUUCGUCCUUGCCCACAACUGUGCCAAGUGGUAGAAGACGGGACUUUUCUGGGAAGUGGUAGCCACAGAAACAUGAUAAUCUUGGCUCUUAGGUACCAGGCGCCACCUACCAAGCUGUGAAACUAAACCUUCUCCACUAAACGUCUGUAGGUUCUUAGUUUUAGACGCAUAAUAUCUGAUUUACCUGUUCUGCUUCCGUUCUAUGCUGAGCAUAUGUUAACCGCCUACUUCAUGGAAACUUGUGCCUUUAAAACUUUGUAAAUUUAAAUACAUUUAAGAAGUGGCUUCUUUUUACUUUUUCUAUUUUUCCUACCUUUUUCUAGCAAAAGAACCCUUUUUUUUGCGUGUCUCUUCUGGGGUGGGGGUGGGGAGCUGCCGCAGGCCUGCUUUCUGCAACCGUUUUUCUGUCAAGUUUGGAAAGACCUGUUGACAUGCCUUCUGUGUCUUGCUACAUUCUGACCAAGCAACGCUAACUUUUGUACAGAUUGAUUUGGUAAAAUUAAAAAGUGCUUUUUAUCUA